AUGGGUCUUUUUACAGCUGGUCAAAUUAAUGGCACUACUGGUUAUGAAGAAGCGGCGGCCCAAGGGUUAAUUGCGGGAAUAAACGCUAGUCGUAAACUGAAAAAUCAAGAACCACUAAUUCUUCGUCGAGACCAAGCCUAUAUUGGAGUAUUAAUUGAUGACUUAGUAAACAAGGAAAUUACCGACCCUUACCGAUUAUUAACUUCUCGAGCUGAAUAUCAAGAACAACGUGAAUUAGAAGUUAAUGUUAAAUAUAAAAAACAAAUUGAAAAUCAAUUAGAAGAAGCGAAAGAGUUAAAUGAAUAUGAAAACAGAGAAAUCCCGGCUGAUAUUGAUUAUUCCCAAAUCGAUAAUGUAGCCGAUGAAGCCAAAGAAAAAUUAACUAAAAUAAAACCAGUUUCAUUAGGUCAAGCCAGACGAAUAGGAGGAAUUAAUCCGACUGAUAUCCAAAUGUUAAGUUAUUAUUUAAAUAAAAAUUAUCCGCCGGAAAAUUAA